AUGGCUACAUCUCGAAGAUUUUGCACACACAUUCAACCGAAAUAUCUCGUGAUUUAGACCUCAGUAAAGUUCUCCCGACGCUGGUUAGGCAUGGAGUAUUUAGUAAACAAGAAGAACUCGACAUUUUACAAAAAUCGGACCCAGUUUCACGCACCAAAGCGUUCGUAGAGCGACUGCAGAAAAAGGGUCCCCAAGCUUUUCAUGCAUUUUGUGUCACUCUGGAAUAUACACAUCCACAUUUGUUGACAAAAUUUCUGGUGGACUAUCCAGGGCAAGAAGCCGUCCCCGAGGAAAGUUCCCCGACACGAGCACUCCAACUCGGUUUUGAACUAGCGCUAAAAGAACGCGAUGCCGUCCUGCGAGAGAAUGCUAAGGCGUUGGAAGUGCGCGAUUUAGCUCUUCGGGAAAUGGAGGCACUGAAAUCAGACAGGGAUCGCGUCGUCUCCAAUCUGGAAAGUAUAACGGGGCGGAGGUCUCCCAAGCAAAACAACAGGGAUAUGGAGCUGUCGCGCAAUGAUCCGAGAUUCAAAGUCGUUGAACGAGAUACACAGGGUGGCGAUCGUUUCGUAUGGGAGACGCAUUCGGUGACCUUGACCCGUGUCUUCGGCUAUGGUUUUGGAAUUGCUGUCAGCGGUGGAAGAGACAAUCCUCAUUUCGCCAGCGGGGAUCCAUCAAUUGCCGUAUCGGACGUUUUGAAGGCAGGGCCAGCAGAGGGCCGAUUACAAAUAAACGAUCGUGUGGUGUCGGUGAACGGGUACCCCCUGGAUAACGUGGACCAUGCCGUGGCUAUUUCCCUGCUGAAGGAGAGCGGUAAUACAGUUAGUCUAGUCAUUAAGAGGAAGGUUUAUAUGGAAAAUGUGGAGCCCGAACCAACACCGAUAAAGUUAACUCUCACCAAAAAACUACGGAAAGACGAAUACGGUUUGGUUCUUGGCUGCCGCCUCUACGUAAAGGAGAUCACUGGUAAUUCUUUGGCAGCCCAGGAGGGGGCGCUGAAGGAAGGCGACACAAUACUCAAGAUAAACAACACAACAGCUGAUAAUCUAUCGCUAGUGGAAGCUCAGCGUCUUUUGGAGAAAUCCCGCGACAAGGUCCACCUGGUGACGGUGAAAGAAAACAAUAAAUUACCGGGGCGUCAUAAGCAUCAGAACAGCGAGCCUUUAAUAGAUGACUUAUCAAAAUCAAAACUUCCUGGGUUCGCCCCGAAACAAGAAAAUGCUAAUCGCUGGCAAGUGCACCCCGGCGCGGGGAAACUUCCCGAGAUGUUGGUUACCGCGGAGACGAUGUACGAUGCUCAUGCGGUAGCGCCAUCGCGGGAGGAGUCGCGGCCGCCGUUCGACGAUCCGCCACCGAGACCGCCGUUGCCAAAUAUGGAGCCAGAGCCGCCUCCCAGACCGCCGACUCCCGGCCAAGAGCUCGGAUCUCCUGAAGCCUAUUUGGUACCGACCCCUACUGAGCCCGACCGCAUGGACCUCAUACCAGGUCGGCGCCCCCACAACAUGGUUUGGAGUAUUCAAAUAUCCACGCCCUCCCACACACCCCUCUACCACGCACGCCCCAUCCGUAUAUUUAGUCCUGAGCCGAGGAAGAUCUCCUUUCGGAAGGAGAUCGGAAAAGGUGUAGGGAUACGUCUGGCAGGUGGUAAUGCGGUCGGAAUUUAUGUCGCAGCAGUGCAGCCUGGUACUCCCGCUUUUGAACAGGGAUUGCAAGAGGGGGAUCUCUUAUUACAGGUGAACAAUGUUGACAUGAGGAACAAUACUCGUGAAGAGGCGGUCCUGAUGUUGCUAGGCUUAGAAAGCCAAGUUGACCUCCUGGUUCAGUAUCGUCGCGAGGACUACCAACGUUUUAUAACAGGAAGUGACUUUGGCGACUCAUUCUAUAUAAGGACUCAUUUCAACUAUGAUCACGUGGAACAAGGCCAAAUGAGUUUCCGCGUCUGUGACGUGUUUCACGUCCGCGACACGUUACAUAAUGGCGUCGUCGGUUCGUGGCAGGCCGUGCGGAUUGGGAGAAAUAAUGCCGAGACGCAGAAGGGUGUGAUACCAAAUUUCAACAGGGCCGAACAACUUGCACUCGCCCAACGAAAACGCCAGUCACGUGACGCCGACAAAGAAAACAACGCGCCGAAUAAACGAGGAGGUUUCUUCAGACGGCGCAGUCAUCGGCGCUCAAAGUCGCUGAGUAAGGACCAUUGGGAGGAUGUCAUUUUCUCCAACACAGUUACAAAGUUCCCAGCCUAUGAGCGUGUGGUGCUCAGACAACCCAACUUUCUCCGUCCAGUCGUAAUCUUCGGUGCUUUAUCGGACGUCAUCCGCGAUCGUCUUCUGCGCGAACAUCCAGAAUCUUUCGAAUCGCCACAGGCGGAUGUGAACCGUGGUGGUGAUGAAUCCACAGGGCGGUCGGGGAUUAUUAAACUAGCGGCAAUAAAACAAAUCGUAGAUAAGGAAAAACACUGUAUCCUCGACGUCACGCCGAACGCGGUCGACCGGUUGAACUACGCCGGAUACUAUCCAGUCGUUAUAUACCUCCGCACCGACAGUAAAAACACCGUGAAGGAAUUACGAGCGAAGCAUUCGAAAAAUUCGACGAAAAGCCCGCGAAAACUUUUCGACCAAUCAGUGAAAUUGGAGAAAUGCUAUUCGCACUUGUUCACUGCCACUGUUCCGUUGACCUCUGGUGACUCCUGGUACGGGAAGGUCAAGGACACGAUCGCUAGUAGUCAGAACAACGCCAUCUGGAUGUCCGAGGCGAAGCCUGAAGACAGCCACACAGAGGACUUCCUCUUCCCGAUGUCGAAUCGCUUCAGUUACGUCUCAUCUCCAGAGAGUGACCUUGAACUCUCGCAUCGGAUGGGCCAGCUCGAUCCCGAGACACCGCCGCUGAAUCGCCGGCUGAUACGGUCGUCGUCCGACCCUAGCGUCGCCACAAUGGACAAUAUACCGGGGAUUCCGCCGUACAAGCAGCCUCCCACUUAUCAGAGGGAGAGCUUCAGACAUGAACUUCACACCGCCCUUCAAAACAAGAACUAUAUGGAAUUUCCGGAAAAACAAAGCCCUAGGGAAGGUUCCUAUGGCAACGGACCAGUCGAGCGACAACCCGCCACCGAACGUUUUUCGCCGACAAUGGGAUCGAACCCUCGCGACGAACGGUAUUACCCAUCGUACUAUGCAGGCUCGAGUCUCCCACGCGAUGCGCGGGUGUCGGGACGGGCAAAUAUCGACCCAUACGCCACAAUUACCCCUAGUGAGAGAUUGAGGAACUACCAACAGAAUGAUGACGGGCGUCCCUAUAACGGUCAGCCUAUCUUCAGUCUAAAUAAACAAAAUUUCGCCGAGAAAGAAAAAAGUUUUCCUCCGCCGCCGAAGGACAAUGCUGUGUACGUUUACCGAACGGACCAACAGGGGGCACCACCAAACGAAUGGGAAAGGAGAUUACAAGAUAACAAGAACUACACCGAGUCUUACAGCUCCUCCUACAGUAGCGACUCCUACCAAAAAUAUGUAAACAACCCGGCGAAUAGACACGACGAUUCCAAACUUCAAGAAAAAUUCGGCACGAUGAAUCCGUUGCUCGAUCCGUCGGAGUUGAUCCGAGAUCAACCGCAAAAGAUUCGGCCGCUGAGCGAAAGUGGCGGUCGGAGCGACCCGUACCGGUUUACGCGGAGUACGGCUAAACCGUACAACAAGGGCGCGCCGAUCGAUAAGACGAAGUUAGCCGAUCUUAAACACGGGAAAAACAGGGAUUCCGUUUCACGCGACGAGAAAAUUAAACCCCAGGUGGCUCCAAAACCGAUCCUGCGGCCAGAUAUACUCCGGUCAAAGUCGGAGGCGGCCUUGAAUGCGGAACCCCCGAUGCAGGAUCCGUUAAGGUCGAGUUUUCCUCGGUCACAUUCAGCGUCCGAUAACCUGGAUCCUGACGAGGUACAGCGUAGGAACGUUUUGAAUAGACGAAGUUUGACCGACAUUGAGAAACAAGUCCACAGCUAUCAGGAUUACCGGGACGGAACCCGACCGCCAGCGCCGACACGGAGAGAGGAAGGAUACCGGGACCGCAUAGAAUCGGCGCCGCAGUACCGCUACGAACCACCAGGAGGGUAUGACCCAAGACAUCCCGCACCUCCGUCAGGCUACGAUCCACGCAGCAGGGACUCAGCACCCCCUGGUGGCUACGAGCAGAGACACGAGGCGCCACCUCGGGGCUACGACCCCAGACGCGACUCAAUGCCAAGAGAUAGCAGUCGAUAUGGUGACCCAAAUAGAUCGUUCGUCAACGACACGUAUAUGAACCCAUACGAUCGCGAGCGACAACGUCUCUCGGUGGACCACGGCCGGGAUAACAGAGAUGGGCCUCGGACGGGCGACGUCAGACCUGGUCCCUAUGGUGAGAGCGGUUCACAUCGUCCUGGGGACAUUUUAGGACGACCUGACGGUCAAGGAAGCCCACAACUGCCUGCUAUGGAGGAUGGACGCGUCGUCAUAGCAACAGCCCGAGGUGUUUUCGACAGUAAUGGAGGAGUUUUGGAAUCUAAAGAAACAGGCGUCAGUAUUUUUAUUCCCAGUGGUGCGCUACCCUCCGGAGUCCGGCAAGAGAUCUACUUCAAGGUCUGUCAAGAUAAUAGCAUCCUCCCACCUCUUGAUCAAGAAAAAGGGGAGACACUCCUCAGCCCACUGGUCAUGUGCGGACCUCACGGACUAACGUUCAAUCAACCCGUCGAACUUCGAUUACCACACUGCGCAUCCGUCAAUCCAGACAGUUGGUCGUUUUCGUUAAAGUCGAGUGACUCGCCAACGGGUCACCCCACACAGUGGCAGAAUAUGACACUAGUGGGAAUGGACGGCGUCUCGCAGGGACGGGUCGGGAAAAAUAGCGUGUCUGUUAUGGUCGAUCAUUUCUAGGUCGAGUUUUCACAGCUCAUUUUCGAAACAUUUAUAAUAGAACCUUCCAUAAACGACAGUUCUCUGCUGAGGACGCAUCUGUACCGUAGAAACAUGGGAAAAUCUGUCUGCUUCUUCAUCUAAGACGAGUUUUUAUAAAGGGUGAUUCCGCAGUUACCUCUUUAAACAAGACGCCUCCUUAUAGGGACAGCAUUUGUCUGUCCCAAGGGUGUCAUAGUAGAGUGUCGUUCGACUGUACACUAAACCUCUCUAUUAUGGACACCCUCGGGACUGACAAGUGCUGUCCUUAAUAGAGAGGUGUCCUGAUUAGAGAGGUCAAAAUGAAUGUAAAUGACCUAUUUGGGACCAAAACUAGUGUCCUUAAUAGAGAGGGUGUCUUUAGUAGAGAGGUGUCUGCUAAGGGAGGUUGUACUGUAGUUUGUUAUGGUUAGGUAAAAAGGAUCCUGGUGUAAAAUUCUUAAUUUCUGAACAAAAAAAACCUCAUUUGCGCAAAUUUUCCUCAGGUGAGACUAGUGCCAGUAUAGUAUACAUCAUAUUUUUUGUACAAACUUUUUUGUGAAACAAAUGCGUACUUGUAUUAUUUCAGAAACAUGAUGAAAUCAACAUGGCUUAUGUAAAAAUUAGUGUAAAUAAAAAAAUCAGUUAUGCUACUUGACGUCUAGUGUCGCACAGGGAAAUAAAUGUGUCACUCUUUAUCUAAGUCAUACUCACAGCUAUGCACAAUUGUAUAUGGUUUCUAUGGCAACACAUGUAUUUUCGCUUAGCAACAAAUUAUUUACAUUUUCCAUGUCGACUAAUUUAUUCGGUUGACGUGGAAAUGUUGUAUUUUUGGUAAUUGGUUGAUCAGAUGGUUUUCUUCUACUUAUUCAAAUGUUUACAUAUCAUUUACAUGUUUACAGUAAGACUUACAGUGAAAAUCACAUGUUUACAGUAAGAUUUACAGUAAAAUGACAUGUUUACAGGAAGAUUAUAUAUUUACAGUAAAAAAAAUCACAUGUUUACAGUAAGAUUUACAGUAAAAAUCACAUGUUUACAGUAAGAUUAUAUAUUUACAGUAAAAAUCACAUGUUUACAGUAAAAAAACCCACAUGUUUACAGUAAGAUUUACAGUAAAAAAUCACAUGUUUACAGUAAGAUUAUAUAUUUACAGUAAAAAUCACAUGUUUACAGUAAAAAUCACAUGUUUACUGUAAAAAAUCACUAUGUUUGCUGUAACAUUUACAAAAGCGUUCUGUCCUGUCAUGAAUUUGACAUUUUUUCUCUUCUUUUGGAAAAUUCUUGCAAAACGUGUUUCUUUUGACUCCUGUAUAAAACCGUGUAAUUUUCAUGACGAUAAAAUUUGACAAAUAUGCUCAUGUUCAACUUGGUGAUGGACUGAAUAUUGUGUUUGCUGCUGAAAUUUAACGCCUUCACGGCCAAAACCGCGUAGAUCUACAUGACCCAUAUCCCCUCAUUGAGCUGGUUAUCAGAUUCUCGCGGACAAAACAGAGGAACUACGCCAUCGCCAUCUUCAGGGCAAGGUAGGAACUGAAAAGAACAAACAGUCUUUCCAGUUCCUACUUUGCCCUGAAGAUGGCGAUGGCGUAGUUCAGAACUUUAAAUGACUUCAUGAAAGAACUACACCAUCGCCAUCUUCAGGGCAAGGUAGAAACUGAAAAGACCAAACUCAAAAUAUCAUGAUAAAGCUAUUUCGACUUUGGGAAUUUAUUUUGGGGGUCAGGGGGUUGGAAAGGGGGGUCAUUUUGGUCCUUUUUCAACCAAAAAGUAAAAUAUAGUAAAGGAGUGUAGCUAACAUACCUCUAUUGAUUCAAGAAGACCUUGUCUUGGAGACGUUACUGCAAAAGACCUCAUGCAGUAAUCUCUUAAAUUAGUUUUUCUGGGGUCUGAAGAGGAGGUGCAACACCGGCCGAGAAGGUGUUAAUGCAUUUGAGUUGAAAUUUUUACGGUGUUAAUGAAUUUGGGGCGGGGGGGGGGCAAAAUUGCCACUAAAAGUUAUGCAAAACAGUUUUUUGACUGGAUUUUGAUGUAUUUUUGAAUCAGUGUGAUUUAACAAAUCAAAUGUUGUCCAUUUUGGAAGUCUGCUUACAAUUUAGCGUCCACUGUACAUUGUGUAUGUAGUUUCAAGUCGUCCUUUACAUUAUAUGUAUGUAGUAAUAUUAUUAUGUUAUACAGGGUGUGUCAAAAAAACGUUGCAAAAAUAAAAGCUCAACAAAUCUCAUGGCUUCCAAAUAUGAAAUAAAUCAUGACGAAAACAGAAAGUGCAUAAAUGUUUUUGUGUUCUAUCAGACGUCCGGUACCAUCAGUUCAAAGUUAUUGCAUCUUUUUUGAGACACCCAGUAUAUACAUCAUUGCAAAGUCUAUGCAUUGUAGUACAGUUUAUAGUUAUAGUUCAUCUUUGUACCAGCUUAUGCCGCAGAAAUUUCUAGAAAAACGUUACAGUGAUUGCAUAUCAAAAUAUAUUUGUAUUUUUAUAUUUUUGACAGUUUUUCGGGUGCAGUGUUGUUCAGACCUCGUCCAAAUGGCCAACGAGGCCCUAGGAGUGAGGUUGGUGUUAUUACGCUAUAUAUGGUUUAUGUAAAAAGUCCAUAGUUGUAUCUAAAUGGGGGGUCAAUGUCGGCCGUAACUAGUGCAUAGUUUAGAGUUACUCUAUAGGGGAAACCAGAACAGCAAUUUUGGCUUGAUUGCAAAAUCCUCGACAAAUGCUUUAAUUUACGGGGGGGGGGGGGUUGGUAAGGGGUUAUUAGAAAUCUUUUGCAGCAAUGCCGAGGUUCGUGACUCAGCCGACAAUCACCACCUGGGAUCCAGGUUGAUGUCUGUCUUCAACUUCAACGCCAAUCAUUGGGUCCAUGUUUCAAGACGUCUUCGUUGGGUUUCGUUCUUUAACCCUUUGGGGCCCGAGUUUCCGCAGAAAUACCGCCCCAUAGAGCCCGAGUUUCCGGAGUGAAAUGUUGUUGACAUCAUCUUUGAUGCCAAAAUACUCGCAGAACUCAAAUUUUCACCCUGGAAAACUUUAUAUGAAAAUCAUGACCAGCUACCACACCAAAGUUGUCAAUGAAUACCUCAGUUUCAAAAAGCCGUUAUAAGCGUUUUAUGUGGUAGGUCUAACAGAGAGGUUUUUCUUAGUCGACUAAGGGCGAGAUCUGGCUUCAAAGGGUUAAGUGUCUGGUGGGACGAGUGUGUUGCUCAGAAUUUAUACCUCAUGGUCUUAGAUUUCAAAUUUGGACAAACGAUUGAGUCAUUCUCAUCGUGCAGACUUAUAGGCAUCGAUGCGUCAGUUAAAGGCCUACGCCGUUCGUUUAAAAAAUUUGAAUUUGUAAUUGAAUUUGAAAAUUGUCAAUUAUGUAAAUACACACUAAAUAUAAAUGUCAACAUUGGCGUUGUGUAGACUGAUAUACAAAUACUAUACAUACCAAGUUUCAACAAAUUUGUAUUCACAAUACAUGCACUACGGCAUUGUGUAUUAGUGGAUUUCUAUUUUCCUGGACCACAAGUAAUUACAGUUUAAAUAUUUAAAUAUUUAAAUAUUUGUGAAACUGGACUCACGGAAUGUGACGUACCUGUUUAUGUCAACUAGGCCUUGAUAUUUGCAGUGACCUAAAACUCCAUGUCUUAAAGGGGUACGUUCGUAACUACUGGUGGUCCAGGAAAAUAGAAAUGCAGUUAAACACAAUGCUGUAGCGCAGUUAUUGUGCAUGCAAAUUAGAUGAAACUUGGUAUUCAUGGUAUUUGUAUAUCUUUCUACAGAACAGCAAUCCUGACAUAUAUAUUUGGUAUGUAUUUACCCAAUUGGAUAUUCCUCAAAUUCAAUUUUAUAUUUUUAACGAACUGCAUAGGCCUAAGAAUGAUGACACUUUCAAAUUGUACUCGUACAAAUUUUGGACCAACAUACAAUGUAUUAGCAAUAAAACUCACUACCCCUCUGUUGAGAUUGGAACAGUCCAAGACAGUACAUUGGACUGUUCCAUUUAUAAUUUUUGGGGGUAACUAGAAGGUUCAUGUGCUCGCCAGGAUUACUGUGAAUGCAUAUCAUAUCAAAAUUAAAAAGAAUUUAUCGGAA